UCCGUUUACCGUGUUUAACUCGCAGCAGCAUUUUUCUUAAAAAUUUUAUAUAAAUUUAACAAAUUUUAUAAAAAUUAUUAAUUAAAAGUAAAAAUAGUAUUGAAAAUAUGUUUACCAGACUAAGGGCCUGUACAGAUUUGUUCAGAAUAUCAAAACACGUUUUAGUGACGCAACAAUUUAGGGCUUCAGCUAAAUAUUAUAGAUUUGAGACUCCACGGUUCUUGCAUGUAAAAACUUACGAUAAAGAUGCCGGUUUGGAAGCACAAAGAGCCGCAAAUAAAAAUUCCCAUCUAGAAGCAGAAGAAACUGAUAGGGAUAAACCGGAGUUACCGAAAGUAAGAAGACGGAGGCAAAAUAUUAGAAAAGAACAGUUGAAUGUGAGUCCUGAUGCCUUGAAAACAAAAGAAGUUUUAAAAUCGCAUGAGACUGCCAUUGCGCUAGAUGCAAAAGAUAUUGACAUAAGCAAAGAUGACCCUGAUGUUUUUGGUGAUGCUCCCAAAGAACCCUUAAAAGAAGAUGAAGGUGAUUUACAAGAAGAGGAAUACAUAACACGACCGACACGCCGUUCAAAAAAACUCCGAACAAAAGAAUAUGCCAUGAUGAUUAAGGAACACUUUAACAAUCACCGCGUAAAAGAAGCAUUAGAAGUCUUGGAAGUACGCAUGUUAAAAGAAGAUCGUGUUAAGCCCGAAAACUAUAUUUACAAUUUACUAAUAAGUGGUUGUGCCAAGGCCGGUUAUACCCGCAAAGCAUUUAAUUUAUAUACCAAAAUGCGUCAACGUGGUCUUAAGGUGAAAGAAAGUACUUACACUUCGUUAUUUAAUGCCUGUGCUAAUGCACCAAGUCGUCAAGAUGGUCUGACAAGAGCUAUACGUUUGAGGCAAUCACUAUUGGAAAGUGGUUAUGAGUUUAAUGUAAAAAAUUAUAAUUCAAUGAUUAAAACAUUUGGUAGAUGGGGCGAUGUUAAGACCGCCUACGUUUUGGCCGAUGAAAUGCGGGAUAAGAAAUUACCAAUGACGGGAGAAACUUUUAAUUUUCUAUUACAGGCAUGUGCUAGUGAUGAGAAACAUGGUUUCAGACAUUGUUUAUUAACUUGGCAUAAAAUGUUGCAGAAAAACAUAGAACCAGAUUACUAUUCGUUUAAUGCCGUUCUAAGAUGUGUACGUGAUUGCGGUUUUGGCGACUUAGAAGAAAUGGAAAAAGUUCUGCAACUUAUACUAAGUGAAACACCUGCAAAACACCUAACAGCUAAAACAACAACAAUCUCUAAAAUCUCUACUAAUGAAAUUGAAAGUACAUCAUCUACUACACCAAAGAAAGAGGACGAGGAAGACAAUACGAAUAAAGUAUCUAUAAAUACGACUUCCACUGACAAAGCCUUACAGAUACAAAGUGAAGCUACCUCCCUUGAAUUACCCAAUUUAUUAGCGACCCAACCUCAUUUGGGUAGUAUGGUUUCGUUGAGUGAAGUACAAAAGCCACACGAAAGAUUUCUUUUGCUGGGAGGUCUUACGGGUUUUUUGGAGCUAAUGAAAUCGAAGAAUAUUACACCAGAUAUACAGACAUUUACCACUAUGUUAGAGGUUAUACCGCCCACAAAUACCGCCGAAAAACAACUGCUAACUUAUAUACGUAAAAUAGGUCUUAAGGCGGAUAUAGACUUCUUUAAUAUCCUAAUAAAGAAAAGAGCCAUGCGUUUUGAUUAUGAGGGUGGCAAAGAAGUUUUAUCUAUGAUACGUACAGCUGGUCUUUAUCCGGAUAUUGUAACCUAUGGUGUUUUAGCUUUAGGUUGUACAACAGUUGAAAGUUCUAGGGAGUUGUUGGAACAAAUGCGACAUAAUGGUAUAAGAAUGAACAUACAAAUUUUGGGAGCUAUGCUAAGACAAGGUUGUGCCCAGAAAUCAUUUCCUUAUAUUUGUGAAAUCAUGCAAAUUAGUUUGGAUGAAAAUAUCAAACCAAAUGAAAUAUUUCUUCGACAUUUAAACAAUUUUUAUCUACAAUGUGCCCGUGCUAUAGAUGCUAGACAUCCCACUACUAAAAACAAAUUGUAUAAAAAAGAACACAAGAAAUUCUGUGAUAAAUACAGACUGUAUCAAGAAGAACACGGCAUAGAUGGUUUAAAAUUAGAAGAUGCUAUUAAGAAAAUUAAAGAGCGUCCCUAUGAUCACUACAAGGAGCAGGACGGAGAAGGCAUAGAGCCUAUAAAAAACGAAAAAUUAGCUAAGAAAACUAAACUGCGUAAAUAUAUAAAGAAAAUAAAAAUACAAAAUCUUAAAGGUGAUGAGCAGUUGGCAGCACAAAAUACUCAACUGCUUAACAGCACAACUGAAGAAACUAAUAAUGAAGAUAUUGGUGAUAAACAACAAACAAAACAAUCUAAUCCUAAUAAUCCCUUUAGGAUUGCUUAAACUUUUUCCUAAAAAUCCUCUUACUUUUAUAUGAGAAAAAUAUUGAAUUCACACCUUAUGUUGUGGAUUUAUUAAAUGGCGAGCAAUACUCAAAUUGGUUUUUAAAUUUAAAUCCUAAAGCCGAUGUACCCGUUCUACAAGAUGGUUCUUUCG